GAUAAGCGCGUUCAUCGUCCUGCGUGCCAGUGCAUCGCGCGACCAUUUCGCCGAAUCGAAUUUGGUAGGUCCUGCAAUUAUCGAGGACAACGCUCACCAAAAGAAUACGAAGAGUAUUUAGAAGCGACGUGGUGUAACGUCGAAACGUGGCAAGCGCGUGCUCUGGGCUCGUUGUCUUACUACGAUGACCGGGUCUCCGCCAACGAUACGUGACCUGGCGACCAAGGAAUGCUUCAUUUGCCAGCAGGACAACGGACCAGUCGAGUCGUGGGUCCAUCCUUGCAAAUGCACUCUCGUAGCACACCAGGCAUAUUUGCUACGAAUGAUAGAGGCGCUGCCCAAGACUACACGAGCAGCGUGUCCUCAAUGCGGCUUCAAGUACCGGAUUAUCAUGACAAAGUCAUUACCUUUGGAGCUUCUCCGGCUGGGAAACUCACUUUGCAAUUUCUGCGGGAUGACGUUCAGUAUGGCAACGCUAUGUGGGGUGGUAGUGUUUAUCGGGGACUCUCUUGUGUCGGUUCUACGCGCGUACGGCAUGUAUUCCAUCAAGUUUCUUUUCGGUGACACGUUAUUCGAUACAUUACUGACCAGCGAUACCUCUUCCUGGCCUUGGUCAACUUGGCUUCUGGUCCCGUUCCUUGCUUUGAGAUGCCUGUUUUCUCGGGAGCCCUUCCGAUUCCGUCAUCUGCUCGCCUAUAUUCUUGUAUUGCCAUCCCAACCUCCACGGAUGGUGCGCAAUCGCCUGAUGAGGGAGGCCUCUCUGCAUCUCGGUUUUUUCUCCCUUCCCUACGACUCUUUAUCGCUCCAAUGGCCUCCCACACGGUUCCAAUUCGGAUGCUACAUCUACAUCGCCCAUUUUGUCUACGACUAUCUCCGUGACCAUACCGUCUGGGCCUGUCUGCUACCCAUACGCCCUUAUCUCGUAGCCAACAUCAUGGUCUUCGUCCGAUGGCGGAGGAAUCGAGCACGACGUCUUGAAAAUGGGGGAGACCCUAAUGCACCUCAAGAAGUUGACCUGCCACCUCAAAAUGGUGGCCGCGCGCCUCCGGAAGAGCCUCAAAUUGCACCAGAAGUAGGAGACCGCCUACCACUCUGGAUGGCUCGCAGAAUUUUGCAAUCGCAAUCCAGUCCUAUACUACAAGCAAUACUCCUGCCUUCAAUUGCCAAGGGAAUGGGAUAUCUGCUCCAUGAGUUGGCACUACGCUAUUUCCCACUUCAGCAUGUCCUUGGCAUGCGGCCCACUGUAACAACCGUUGGACUUUCCCUAUCGUUCGCAAACAAAAUUAUGUGGGACCAGACCCUGAAUAACACUUAUUACUGGACAAAGUUUUCUGCUUGGGUAUGGUCAGAGACCGACCCUGUCUGGCUUCGGAACACCAUCGGGCUUGGAGUCUUCGUGCUCCUGAAGGACGCGCUACGACAAUUGCAUCUGUGGUUACAGAAGAAUGAGAUCGAGAGUCGUCAUGUCAAGGAUAGAAGUUUCGAAGGCUUAGACCCUCGUGACCUUGAUCUUAUACACCCAGUGUCCUAGCGGCCUGAUUCGUACUUGAAUAUAAAGCAUGCCGGGAU